AUGGGGGAGGCAGAGGAAGGCGGGGAGGAGCGGCACAGAGACAGAAGAGGGCGGGCGCUGCACGAAGACGCAAUCGCCGCGCCGACCAUGGAGUUCAAAGCGCCGCACAAGGUGACAAUCCCCGAAUUGGUGGCGGGUCUACACCAGAUGGAACUGGCUCGCGAUGUUAUUGAUCAGGAAGGCGACACGUUUGAAUUUUAUGCUACCCGCCUCGUCGCCGCCGUGGGCACUCAGAUAUUCUCAUACAUGAUCGAUAGUGGAGUUCGAUACGGCUACAUCUGCACUGGGGAGGCUUUUGUUUUCCUCCAUAUCCCAAAGGAUGAUCCCACAGUUGUUCAAUAUUUCUUGUGUAUCCCGAAUCAAGACGUGCAGGCGGACGAUGAAUGGCGCCUCCACCGGACCGCCAUCGGUCAGGUGCUUGCGUUCACCCUUCAAGCGCUGGCCGCGGAAGCUCCGUCUCAAGAGUGGCAUGAUACGGCACAAGACAAGCUAACGACCUAG